AUGUCAACCAUAGUAUAUCAAGGUUUUCAGUCAAGUUCUGAGUCUCAUAUCAUUGAAACAACUACCCUUAAGCUCAAAGUGCCAACCCCAACUCCAACAGAAUUUGGUCGAUCACCUUGCAUAGAAAGCAAUAUGGAAAAUCUUUAUGAAAAAUAUCAAGAUACAAAGAAGUGCUCCUCUAACAAAAAUGCAGACUUAGCAGGCUGGAGUUCCCUUCAAAAUCUCCCCACCGUUAAUUCUUUGAAUCCCAAAUUAGACUCAAAGGAAAAAGAAAACUCUUAUGUUCACCCUUUAUCCAAACAACCCUCUUCGUCUAGACUUAGUGAAAAGAGCCUUGCAUUAUGCACUGAAAAUUUGGGAUGUGAAACGGGAACUGAUCAUAUCAUUGAAAGCAGCAUUUUCUCAUUUUCCUCGGACGAGUCAAACACAGUACAAGCACAAUCAUCAGCAACAAAAACCGAUAUUCGAGUUGAAUAUACACCAUCUUCAACAACAAAUUACAAGGUGAUCACUAACACUGAAAGCUGCCGAAAACUUCCACCUCCUUUGACAACAUUAAGAGGGUCCAAUUCCCUACAAGUUAGCACACACAGAGAAGGCGGUAGAUUAAUCAUCAAAGCCGUUGAAGUUCCAAAAGUGCAUACUUAUCUUCAAGCUGAGAGAAGCAAUGGCCGCCUUCAGCUAUGUUUCUUGAAAGAAUAUAGAAGCUCUGCAUCUAAACUUGACUUAUUGGAAACGACCGAUGACGAGAACGAAGAAUUAAAAGCUGAAAAUGGCAUAUUUGAAA